AUGAGGUUCCGCCGUCCCCAGCUCCGUGUCCCCCAGUCCAAGUCGGCGUUCGCCGAUGGAAAUGCACGCUGGACCAAUCUUGAUCUGGACCCGGUCCCCCAGUCAGCGCGACUCUGGGGUCCCUUGAGUUUCAUCGCGUACUGGAUCUCUGAUGCCUUCAAUUCGGCGACAUGGCAGUUUGCUAGUAGUAUCAUCGCCGUCGGUCUGACCUGGAGGGAAUCCAUUGCCAUUGUCGCCGUCUCCUUCUUCAUCAUCUCCUUCGUGAUUUCCGCCAAUGGCGCUGUCGGGGCAAUUUACCAUGUUCCCUUCCCCGUGAUCGCUCGUGCGAGCUGGGGAUUCUGGGGUUCGUACAUUGCAAUCCUCUCACGCUCGAUUCUGGCAGUGUUCUGGUUCGCCAUUCAAAACGUCAAUGGGGGAAAUGCGGUGAAGGCGAUGAUCGGCGCCAUUUGGCCUAGUUUCUUGACUCUCAAGAAUCACAUCCCCGAGAGCCAGGGGAUCGAGACCAAUACCAUGAUCGCGUACUUGAUUUUCUUCAUUGUACAAUUUCCUUUUCUCUGCAUCCACCCUAACAAAGUGCGCUGGCUGUUUAUAGCCAAGUCAAUCAUCGUGCCCAUUGCCUGGAUUGCCAUCCUCAUCUGGGCGUUCGUGGCGGAGGGCGCUGGCCCGAUCUUCCAACAAAAGGCCACUGUCUCCGGUUCGCAAUAUAGCUGGCUGUUCCUGGCGAGCAUGACCUCGGUGCUAGGAAACUAUGCGACCCUCAGCGUGAACCAGUCUGACUUCUCACGAUACUCGCGCGUCACCCCGAAAUGGCAACUGCUAUAUGUCCCGAUGCUCCCCAUUGUCUUCACCUUUAUCUCCUUCAUCGGCAUCGUCGCCUCCUCCGCCGGCUGGUCCCGCUACGGCGGUGACAUCCCCUGGGACCCCAUCGAGCUGAUCAGCAACUGGUCUAGCCGCUCCUGCCGUUUCUUUGCCGCCUUCUCGUUCGCCCUGGCAUCCCUGGGUGUCAACAUCUCCGCGAACUCUAUCUCGGCCGCAAAUGAUCUCAUGGCCCUUUUCCCGACCUACGUCAACCUCCGCCGCGGCCAGAUCCUCUGCGGCCUGCUCUCCUGGGCCCUGGUCCCCUGGAAAAUUCUGGAAUCCGCCGGAAACUUCCUGAACUUCAUGUCCGCAUAUGCAGUCUUCCUCGGCCCCAUCGCCGCCAUCAUGCUCUGGGACUUCUGGCUCAUCAAGCAGCGCAAAUACGACACCUUGGCCCUCUACCAACCGCAAAACCCAAUCUACAGUUUUGCAGGCUGGCUGGUGAACUGGCGCGCGGUGGUUGCGUUCCUGGCUGGCGUGGCCCCGAGCUUACCGGGGCUGAUUAACUCUGUAAAUUCGGGCAUCCCUGUGGGGGUGGGUGUUCAUCCAUACCAGUUUGGGUGGAUUUUGGGGUUCGUCGGCACGAGUAUUGUGUAUGUGGGGUUGUCGAUGCUCUUCCCAGUGCCGGCGGCGAUGAUUGAAAGGCCGGUUCUGGCUGAUGAGAUUUAUGAUAUGCGGGAGGGGGCGGUAGACAGUGUGGCGCCGGAGUCGGCGGAGGAGAUUCGGGUGCAAAAUAAGGGAGAGAAGGAGUUUAUCUGA